AUGGUUUUAUCUUCAUUGAAAAUGACAAGUAUGGACGAUGAUACACGUUGGUUACAUUCAGAUACAGAUCUCUUGUCAGGUCAUGGUGUCAGCUAUAGUGUUACGUAUCUCGGAUCAGUAGAAGUUCUUUGUUCGAUGAAAACAUUGGAUUUUGAUAGUCGUACACGAGUGGCUCGAGAUUCAAUUCGUUUGGUCUGUGCAACAGUUGGUAUUUCGUUCAAAGAUCGACGUCGACCUGAACAAUCACCAUCAGUAACACAAUCGAUGAUUUCAGCCGAACCUAAUCUGACACAUAGUCAUACACCUGUUCAGUUAACAAUCAAUACUGAUUCACUUGUAUUGAAACGUUCAAGUGACUCGCAGAUAUUCUACUCACAUAAAAUGGAAGGAAUCUCCUUUGCAAGUGCUGGUGAACACGAUACAAAAGAUUAUAUAGCUUAUGUGGCAAAAGAUAAUAUGAAUAAACGUUCAUGUCAUGUUCUUUCUUGUAAAGAAAAUGAAUCGUUAGAUGUGAUUACAACAAUUGGCCAAGCUUUUGAACUACGAUAUAACGAGUACAUGCAAACACAACAGCAACAAGGAUCGAUAAAAUCAUUCGAACAUGAUGAGUUUCUUUCAAAGAAACGCGAUGAUGAUGUUAGUCGCUCUAUUCCAAACAACAAUCAACCAACACAGGGAAAAUGGAAUGGGCAGACAAGUCCGGAUGUGUACAAAGAGAAAUGGUUUCAUGGCAAGAUUGGCCGUGAUGAAGCUGAAUUAUUAUUACACAACAGUGGAGAUUUUCUCGUACGUGAAAGCGCAAAAAUUCCGGGCCAAUUUAUUCUCUCGGGUCGUUAUAAAGAUCAGUUUAAACAUUUACUUCUCGUUGAUCCGGAAGGCAUCAUUCGUACGAAAGAUUAUGAAUUUGAUUCCAUCCAACAUCUGAUCUCGUAUCAUAAAUCAGGAAAUAUUCCGAUUGUUUCAGCAGAUAGUGAACUUCUCUUACAAACACCUGUUUUACGCUCAAAAUAA